GUCAGCCCAUCUCGCUCCCGUGAGAAAGGAGGCGUGGUUAUUAGCCAAGAUGGCGGUAGCGAUGUGUAUGGCCAAGAUCUGGAGGCCUAGCGGUGGCCUGGGUCAGGCUGCGCUCCUGCUGCUGCGGUGGCCUGGGGCUCGGGGCUUGGCUAGAUUCCACCCCAGCAGACAACAGCAGCAGUUCCCAUCCCUGGACGACAAGCCCCAGUUCCCAGGGGCCUCGGCAGAGUUUGUAGACAAGCUUGAGUUCAUCCAACCCAAUGUCAUUUCUGGCAUCCCCAUCUACCGUGUCAUGGACCGCCAGGGCCAGAUCAUCAACCCCAGCGAAGACCCCCAUCUGCCCCAGGAGGAGGUACUGAAGUUAUACAGGAGCAUGACACUGCUCAACACCAUGGACCGAAUUCUCUAUGAAUCCCAACGGCAGGGCCGGAUCUCCUUCUACAUGACCAACUAUGGUGAGGAGGGGACGCAUGUGGGAAGUGCUGCCGCCCUGGACCAUACAGACCUGGUGUUUGGCCAAUACCGGGAGGCAGGUGUGCUCAUGUACCGGGACUACCCUCUGGAGCUGUUCAUGGCCCAGUGCUAUGGCAACGUGAGUGACCCAGGCAAGGGGCGCCAGAUGCCCGUUCACUAUGGCUGCAAGGAGCGCCACUUCGUCACCAUCUCCUCUCCACUAGCCACACAGAUCCCUCAGGCGGUGGGGGCAGCCUAUGCUGCCAAGCGGGCCAAUGCCAGCCGGAUUGUGAUCUGCUACUUUGGCGAGGGGGCAGCCAGUGAAGGGGAUGCCCAUGCCGGCUUCAACUUUGCAGCCACCUUGGAAUGUCCUAUCAUCUUCUUCUGCCGGAACAAUGGCUAUGCCAUUUCCACACCAACCUCUGAGCAGUACCGUGGGGACGGCAUCGCGGCUCGGGGCCCUGGGUAUGGCAUCCUGUCAAUCCGUGUGGACGGCAACGACGUGUUUGCAGUGUACAAUGCCACUAGGGAGGCCCGGCGGCGGGCUGUGGCUGAGAACCAGCCCUUCCUCAUUGAGGCCAUGACCUACAGGAUUGGACACCACAGUACCAGUGACGACAGCUCAGCAUACCGUUCAGUGGACGAGGUCAAUUACUGGGACAAGCAGGACCACCCGAUCUCGAGGCUGAGGCAGUAUCUGCUGAACCAGGGCUGGUGGGAUGAGGAGCAGGAGAAGGCCUGGCGAAAGCAGUCACGAAAGAAGGUGAUGGAAGCCUUUGAACAGGCCGAGCGGAAGCUAAAGCCCAACCCAAACCUGCUGUUCUCUGACGUGUACCAGGAGAUGCCUGCCCAGCUCCGCAGACAACAGGAGUCACUGGCACGACAUCUGCAGACCUACGGGGAGCAUUACCCCCUGGACCACUUUGACAAGUGAGGCCCUAGCCACCCUGACGUGGUCCUGCUCUGAGUAGAGCGUGGUAUUCCUCCAGUCAGUGCUGCUAACAUGCUCAGCGGCCAGGGUGGCACUCCAAACUCAUGGGGUGACUCCCACUCCCCAUUCCUGCUCCUUCAGGCUUCUUCACUGGGGCACAGUGUUUGCAGCUAUUGCUGAGGCUCCGUCACCCUCUCACCUGUUAUACAGUGCCUUUUUGGGGUAGGACCCAGGCCAGGGAAGACCCUCUGGGCAGGUGGCCCCGGAUCUUGCCCAGAGUACAAGCUGGUCAGCAGGAUGAAUAAACCAGGGGCUCUGCCUUUGA